CACUUACAAAUGCGAGAAGCUUUUGGAGGUCUCGGUCAGCUGCGCGGCCACUGCUUUAGUGGGGUGUACCGCCUAGGAGGAAAGAAGCGCAGGAAAAAAGUGUGUCAUCCGGAGCUGCCGAGGAAAGGCGGCGCGGCGUCCUGAACAGACAACAUGGACGGCCUGCUGCGAGAUCGUCUCACAAUGCUCGCCGCCCUGGGCACGGGCGUCGUCGUGGGCAUCAGCGGCAUCUACCUCUACUACCGGCUCAACCGCACCGUCAGCCGAGAGCUGAGCAGUCUGGCGUGCAGCAUCGCCGACCUUCGACGUGAGAUUGAGCAGCUGAGAACUGCGGAAAGAGGCGAGACGCCCGUGCACUCCGAAUCGCUGCCCCUGCAGCACUCCCUGCGUGAAGACGAUGAGGAUGACGAGUAUUACGACUUCACCGACGUUGAGGAUGCCUCGUGGACAGGGCUGCGCGAGGCCGGAGACACGGGGUGGCUCGAUUCACUCGACGCCGAACUGGACCGGCCUGGGGACAAGCAAGCACUGCUAGAUAGCAUGCUGGCUCGUGAGUCGCAGUAUUCUCGUUCGUCGGCUUUCUUCUGGCGUCUUGCCAAGGCAUCGCACCUGUGCGGCCUGCAGAUGAAGCCUGGACGUGCUAAGGAGGAGCUCGCUCGUCAAGCAUUUGCCCGUGCCCAGCAGGCCCUGCGGCUAGACGAGUCCAGCCCCGAGGCGCACAAAUGGUACGCCAUCACGCUCGGCGCGCUCUCCGAGUACGUCGGCACCCAGGAGAAGAUUGAGAAUGGUUACCGCUUCAAGGAACACGUAGACAUAGCGGUGCGACUCAAGCCCCAGGACCCAACGCUGCAUCACAUGCUGGGCCGCUGGAGUCUCGAGGUUGCGACGCUGUCUUGGCUGGAGCGCAAGCUGGCUGGCGCCCUGUACAGCCGGCCGCCGGACUCGACUUCGCAGGAAGCACGGGCCCACCUUCUGGCGGCUGAUAAGCUGAGGCCAGACUGGAAAGAGAACCUGCUCUACAUUGCCAAGACAUACAUCUGCGAAGGGCAUUAUGGACCUGCCAUGGCAUGGAUUGACCGCUGCUGCAGCGCUUCCUUGCGUGGAUCCUGGUGAUGACACCGUGCAAAAGGAAGUGGAAAACCUGCAGCAGCAGUAUCAACGAUACCGGCCGUGAACGAGGCUCAGCGGGCGACAUAUGCCAUGUUCAGGAGUGCCCCGUGUUCAGCCACGGACGUGGUUGCCUCCACGCACUGAAAGCAAAAGUCUCCAACGAGAAGAGGCAUCGAUCCUGUUGGUCGUUCUGCGGAGCUAUACAUCCUGUUGUUGAUAUGCAACCAUGAGUUAACGUUUGGGAGUAGCUGAGGAAGGGUGCAGUUGGCGUAUUAUAACUCGCGCACAGCACCUAGAGAGUUUUUAUGUAAAACUACUUGCUCGCUAUUUACUACCCUUCACAAGUCCGGUGGUCACGUCAAGAAUGUCGCAGCCCUUUAAGGCCUGUUCCAUGUGCGUAGGAGCUGACACAGCUGGCAGACAUGAACCUCGACGUCUGCGUAGCGGCGCAUCUUGCAUUUGUUUUUGUUUUGGGAUGAGAGUUUUUGUCCGUACGUGACCAACGGCUUGGACCCAUGGUGCUGGGAAAGUCAACUAUAUAUAUGUAUAUGUUAAUAGUAUCUGUUGCUUAGCUGAGGUAGGGGAUUAUAUUUCUGACGUUAUGGUAUGGUUAUUGUUUGUUACGUGGCUUGUCGUUUACAUUCUAUGCUUGUCUGAGACGUGUGUUAUUGCCGUUUUGCCAAGCUCACGUCGCCUUGCUGGGCACAUUCUGAAAUUCUUGUGCCGCGUGGGGUAUAAACGGCAGCAAAUUUCCGCAGUAAUGCGACCACAAUGUUCAUUAAUGCAUGGACUUUAUCGAGUUGGUGCAUAUCGCCCGACAUUCUAGCUUCAGCGCGACACGGAUGAAUACGUCCAAAGCAGCAACACAAGACAAUGCUUCUAACUGUUCACCUCUAACUGUUGGAUGUAGCACUCUGUGUUGUGAUCUUCUUUACGUAUCCAUCUUAUGCCACACCGAGGCUGUCAUAUUAUACUCUAGGCUUAUAUUUAUGCCCUCUGGAUAUCUACUCUCCUUGCAAUGAAAAGAGGAGAGCCAAUCUUUAUACCACGAAUUGCACUAUUGACCACAAUUGCUGGACAAGAAUGUGGUGAAAACUUUUGAAGUAACCUAGGUGCUGGUUUACUUUGCAUUUUUUCUUGUGCUUUUCAGGCAGCACACAUGAACGCUCUUCUGUCAUUGUCACAAGAACGUUUUUGCUAAAUGUGAACGUUUGAUUACACCCUUGAAAAAGCGUCUUCACACGCUACAUUAUGCUAAUCGAAUUACUUUAGUUUAACGAAAGUUGAAAUUAUUUACUGUAGCAUGUACCUGCUAAUGGAAUUGUAAUCAAUUACAAUUAUAGCCUCGCAAAUAGUAAUGGAGCAGCAAGAGAAACAUGCAAAUCUUGAUUAUGCUUAUGUUGCUUGUUACCAGUUUUUAACUUAAUUUUAAUGAUUUUAAUUUAUAGUGCACCUAAGCUAAAAUUUAAAUUAAGUUAUAGAACCUCAGGUGGUCAAAAUUAAUCCGGAGUCCCUUAGUACGGCAUGCCUCAUAACCAGAUCGUGGUUUUAUCACAUAAAACCCCAUAAUUUAAUUUAUAUAUUAAUUAAUGUUGCCAUUUCUGUGAGAAUUUCACAGGCGCGAGUGAGUGAGCUGGUCACGAUGCUUUCUUGCAUUAUCGUCGUCGAUGCUCAAUUUUGUAGAUGUGUUACUUUUGAGAGUUCUCAGUGGUCAUUUUUAAGGUUUCCUUCUAAAGACAUGGUACAGCACUGUGACGGGUACGUCAAUCCACGACACUUAUUUUAUGCAUUGCAUCUCAAAUUUUGUCAAGACGUUGCACGGGAAUUGUGGUUCACUUUCAGCUUUGUUCACUGUGUUGCAGUUCCAAAACUUAUUGAAAAUAGUGCUGACUGUUUGUGCCGGCACACCUAGACGUGCUCACUUGUAACACUUCUCUGCAGCUGUACCAUAAGCUGUAACAAAAACGUCCCUCUUCUGUCAGCAUUGUCUGCUGCCAAGUGCAUUGUUCGGAAUAUUGUUGAUUUUACUGUAACUACUGAUUGACUAUCAAAACGAGUACUACCAUGUAAUUGAAUUGUCAAAAUGCUGUUUGGGGAAAGUAUCAAAACCACCCAUUACGAAAUUGCGAAGAUGUGUGAUUGCACCUAAUCAACUACAUGUGACACAAUGUGUACAGAUGUGAGCGUCUGCAUAAGCAGCUCUUUGAUAUUGUAUUGCUAAAUGUGUAGUUUAGUUGGGAGUGAUGGAACUAGUACUAAUUGACUAUCAUAAUGAAUUAUAUUAUCAACAUACUUCUAGCAUAAAGUCUAAAACAGCAUAAAAUCUGUCAAAUGCUAAAUUGUGAAGAUGUGCGAUUGAUUUCACGCAGUCAAUUGUGUAGAACACAUUGUGUACAAUUCUGCAUAAGCAUCUCUGAUAAUGCAUCACUAAAUGUGCUGUUCACUUGGGUUAUCGGUAUGUCCUGACUGCAUCUCAAGGUUAACGCUCCAGCUUGUUAAAAUUUGCUUGCUGUAUUGAAAGGGGGUUCUGUAUCAGUAAUAAUGUAUAAUAAUAUUUCAACCUAAAAAUAAAAGUAAAACUGCGACAGUCAACAUCAACCAGUGACCCCCUGCCUUGCUUCUCUGAAACACGAACAAACCGACUGUAGCGUAAUAUUGCCCAACUUGUCUUUCCUAAAGCCUGUGACCUGAUUAUUUUUUUUUUACAUUCCCAGUGGCACUAAGGUAGGAUACACAUAAAAAAUUGUGGUGCAUUCAUAACGUGCACUUAUUGCUAUGAACAACAGUAGUAUCCUUGUGUGCUCAUGAAUUUCAGAAGCUCCUAAAGUAUACAGGCAGCCAAAAAUGAAGUGCUGUCAAAAGCGUUGACAUAAUCUCUAGUGUAGUCCAUUCCAGGUAGGGUUGCCACCUGACUUACAAUCGGCACAACUGGUUUAAUGCUUUGGGAUUCAUGUGAUCUUGCAACCAGUCCAAAAUUCAGAAUGUCGAGAAUGAAGAAAUCGGCUGCCAGUGAUGGGGAGGAGAGGUGUGAUGUCAAAAGUCACAUGAUCGGGGGGAGUCGGCACCGGAGAGGGCAGAGAAAAUUGGUGGGAAUGAAGCAGGUGCCACUGCAAACACGUUACAGCCACUCGUGUAGCAUAAGAGGCUGUGGGGGAUUUUUUUUUUUUUUUUUUCGUGUGGUAUUCGUUAAACAUCCUGAGUGGCAUUGGCCAGUUAUUUCAUCACUUUCUGGAUAAAGAACUGAAAAGCCAGGACGAGGACAUCUACCAGGUUCAGAGGGUGAAUUGGAGGAAAACAAAACUUUUGCUAGCACUAAUUUUGGUAAAAGUGCAACAGUGAAUAAAAUUUGCCAUUGCAUUGUUUUUUGUUACAAUGGCUGCAUUCCUGUGGGGUCCAAGUGUAUAAGAACAUUUGUGUGCUUAGAUUUAGGGGAACACCUCAAGCAAUCAAAAUAAAGCCAGAGCACUGCACAGAGAAGUCUGUUGGCUCUCAUGUAGGUUUGGGACGCACAUCCGAGGAAUUAAAUUGUGCUGUUAAGUUGCACUUUUGGCUGACUGUAUGAUAUAUGUUUUCAUUCAUCAAGCUACGAUGCAGAUGCGUACGACAUAGUGCCCAUACCAAAUUGAACUCGGUUAGUGAAUCUCUGCACCUGUGAGAUUGCUGUGAGCAUCUCAUAUUUUGGUAAGGUUGCAGUAGAAGAGAAGGUGUAACCAGAUUGUCAUUGAACUUGCUCUUGUUUUACAGAAAUAAAAUAGGAACACCCUUUA